AUGGUGCGCUCCUUUGUGCCACUGGCCGUUUGGACCACCCUGCUCGGUGCCGGUUGGACGGUUGCGAAACCUCCCAAGGCGCACACGGACGACAAUGCGACCUAUGAUUACGUGAGGACCACCCUGCUCAGCUCGGUCGAGACUUGGCGCGUUGGCUAA